ACAUUUUUUCAACUUUUAUAGGUAAUUUUUGUUUUGCUUUCAUGUGACAUGUUCUUGUGAAAACAAUUUGUGUUCAAGAUAUACCUCCAAAAAUGGCCACAAUUGAAGAAGAAGAUUGCUUAGAAGAUGAGAAUCCUCAGACAUGUGUAACUUUACCACCAGAAGUUCAAGAUGCAAUCCAUCAGGUUUUUGGAACAUCAGAUCCUUUUGAUCGAUCUGAUUUUGAUCCUGUGGAGUAUAUCAAUUCUAUAUUUCCGACGGAGCAGUCUCUAUCAAAUAUUGAUGAUGUCAUCUCAAAGAUGCAUAACAGAAUAGCUACAAUCGAUCAGGACAUAAGAAAGGUGCUACACAGUCAGACCAAUGCUGGUGAGCUCAUUGGUGCAUAUUUUGGGGGCAGUCUGGAACUGAGCAAAGGGGAUGAUGCUGAAAAGUACAUCAUACAGAGAUAUGCAAUACCUCCAUCUGAGAAGAACUACAGGACCAAAUUGAAAAGUGAGGUUCCCAUGGAGUUCCCUCAUGUGGGGAAAAGGGCAUUGGCUGAGGCUGAAAUUGCUAUUAUCAAUCUAUACAAAGAGGUGAGAGAAAUAAAAGGAAAAUCAGAAGAAUCUGAGAAGAUGGUUAGGGAAAUUACUCGGGACAUCCGAACAUUGGAUAUUGCAAAGCGGAACCUCAUGUCAUCCAUCACCACCCUAAACCACUUUCACAUGCUCAUGGAAGGUGUUGAUCAGCUUCAGAUAUUGACUGAGAAACAUCAGUAUAGGGAAAUAUCUACUCUCCUCCAAGGAGUAGUCAAUGUACUGGAACACUUCAAACCUUUCAUGGAUAUACCACAAGUUCGACAAUUAGCUGAACAGGUGAAGGAGAUACAAAGUCAGUUGGAGAAACUGAUUUGGCAGGAUUUCAGGGAAGUUUUUGGGAGUGGUGGACCCAAGAGUUUGUCACAUGCUCCUUCACAAAGGAUUGCUGAAGCCUGCCUUGUCCUAUCUGUUUUGGAUGCAAGAGUGAGGAGAGACAUACUGAAGUGGUUCAUUGGCAAAGAGCUAGAAGAGUAUCAGCAUCUUUUCCAAGAGAAUCAAGAUGCUGCCUGGCUUGAUAAGAUAGACAAACGGUUCACCUGGCUUAAAAGACAUCUCAUGGAGUUUGAAGACCGAUUUGGAAGAGUCUUCCCUCCUGAUUGGGAGGUCUCUGAAAGAAUUGGUGUGGAAUUCUGUGAAAUUACCAGGACUCAACUGUCUAGAUCUAUGCAAGCUCGCCAGCAUGAGAUUGAAGUCAAACUUCUCCUUUAUGCAAUACAGAAGACAGUUGAUUUUGAAGUUCUUCUUUCAAGGAGAUUCUCAGGAAUAACCCUCCAGCCAAGGGUCAGCACUGGAAAGGAUGGAGGUAGUGAUGGAGUUGCACAAAAGGCAAUGGCAGAAAAGCCACCAUCCCUGAAUCCGUUUGAAGAGGAUAUGUCCUCAGAUUCAGAUGCUGAAGCAGUGGCUGCAAAAUCCCUUCAAACAGGUCCGGUGAACUCAGUUCGUUUGCUGUUACCAUUCCAAGGCCUCAUCAGUGGAUGUUUUGAGACUCACCUCUCUAUCUAUGUUGAAAGUCAAGACAGGAAUCUAACUGAUUUGAUAGGAAAGUUCCAGGAAGAUGCCAAGCAGCUUCUACACCAGUCUGGUCCAGGGAAGACUAUUCAGGAAGGCUCUGUGAUUGGCAGCUCAGCAGAUCUCUUCAUGUUCUACAAGAAAUGCCUUGUGCAGUUGUCUGGGUUAACCACUGGUCCUCCCUUGGUAGCAUUGGCUAACGUCUUCCAGAAACAUCUUAGGGAAUAUGCCUUUAGGGUUCUCCAGCAUAGUUUACCAGGGCGGAGCCCAACAUCAGGCUCCUUAUCAAACAUGCCAAAUAUAAAGGAGCUCAGAGACUUCACCACUGCUGGAAUCAUCCAAAACUUCUCAAAUCUCUUGAAAGAGGGGGAAAUCCCAAAAUUUACCAAUGAUGAGCUGUGCCACAUAUGCAGAGUACUCACCACAUCAGAAUAUUGCCUUGAGACCACUAAGCAACUGGAAUCAAAACUCCGAGAUAAAGUGAGCUCAGAGCUUGCUCCUCAGAUCAACCUAUCCAAAGAGCAGGAUGCAUUCCACAGUGUCAUGUCACAAUGCGUGAACCUUCUUGUACAAGAUUUAGAAGGGGCCUGUGACCCUGCCCUGUCAACUAUCACCAAAAUAUCUUGGGUGAAUGUGGAGAGUGUUGGAGACCAGAGUUCCUAUGUGACAGCCAUCAUUUCACACAUUCAUCAGACAGUCCCUCUGCUUAGGGACAAUCUUGACUCUGCAAGAGAGUAUUUCACGCAGUUUUGCAUGCGCUUCACCAACAAUUUCAUUCCAAAGCUACAGCAGACUCUGUAUAAGUGCAAGGGAAUCAGUACAGUUGGAGCUGAGCAACUGCUGUUGGACAUGCAUAUGCUGAAGAAUGCCCUUGUUGGAAUGCCGUCUGCUGGAUCCAAAGUCAUUCGUGAACCACCUGCUAGCUUCAAGAAGACAGUGGUGAACGGGAUGAACCACAUUGAGAUCAUGCUGAAGGUUGUAAUGUCUCCUAUGGACCCACCAACAUCCUUCCUUGAGCAAUACCUCAAUCUCCUUCCUGAUUCAGAUCUCACUGAAUUCCAAAAAAUCCUUGAAAUGAAGGGUAUCCGAAGGAAUGAGCAGAGCCAUCUGAUUGAAUCAUAUCAAAACAAAGCCAGCAAGAUGUCUGGGACUAUGCAAGUAAACCACACAGGUGGUCGCAUCCCAGCUUUAAAUUCUCAUCUCGGCACAGAUCGUCAGCCAAGUCGCAUUCGCAAGUUGGAGAAGCUCAUCAAGAAGCACUUGUGAUCUUGACAUGUUAGUGUGGCCGAAAUGAGUGAAGGAAGUUUCCAUCAUCCUUAUCCUGUUAAUUUUGCCUUGCAAAAUGUAUACUGUAUCCCUGUUUCAUUCCCUCCGGCUCUCUACAACCUGUGUAUGUGAUGUCUGCCCAAGGCAGCAAAUUUUAAGGUGAAUACUGCCACAGGAUAUGAGAAUCAUUCCAUAGAAUGUUGAUUAUAUUAUAAC